AUGGAGGCGACUCGUGGCCUUCCCUCUGAGCGGGGGGCACCUUCUGCGGAGGGUUCCUCUACGCGUCCGUCGCUCUCCCAACGUCUCCUCGCGCCAUGCCACCGGGUGUACAUACACCUCAGCAAGGUUCCGGCGCCACAGCUUCGGCGCUACGUGUACCUUUACGCUGUGCUUCUGCGCGUUGUGCUGAUUGUCUACGGCGAGUGGCAAGACCGGAACUUGCGCGUGAAAUUUACAGACAUCGACUACAAGGUGUACAGCGAUGCUGCGCGCUACGUCGUAGACUUCCAGUCGCCGUAUAAACGGCACACGUACCGGUACACUCCCAUCAUCGCUUUUAUCUGUGUAGGGAACAUCCUGGUUCACUCCGCCUGCGGCAAGGUUCUCUUUGCUGCUGCCGACCUCCUGCUCUCGCUCCUCACGGAGAGACUCUUGCUUUUUCUCGCCGAUCAAAAGCGAGAAGCGACCCAAGACCAAGACACGGAACUGCGGGCGCACGCGCCUCCCCUCUCGUCUUCCAAUGCCGCCAGUCUCCUCCUGUCCUCUCUCCAGUCUCCCUCGUCUUCUUCUCCUUCUUCGCCGCCUUCUUCCCCGACGUCGUCUUCUCCCUCCGCUCCUGCGUCUCCACGGCCGUCUCCCUCUCAAUUCUCUCCAUCUUCUCCUUUCUUUCCGGCUUCGUCUCCUGCGCCCUCGUCCUCCUCCACGAAGGCUCCUGUGGUCAGCGCCUUUCUUCUUCCUGCUCUCUGCUGGACGGCCUUCCCAGUCGCUGCGACUGUCAGCACUCGAGGCAACGCAGAUGUCGUGCCUUCUCUCCUCUGUCUCCUCCUCCUGUUCCUCCUCCGCACUCGCCGCCUCGAUGCAGCGGCGAUUUGCUACGGCCUCGCUGUACACGUAAAGAUCUUCCCAGUCGUGUACGGCAUCCCUAUUCUCCUUUUUCUUCGGGGACAGCCUCUUGGGAAUGCCCUGCCCCCAGUUGACCAGGUUCUUCGUCUUCCUCGCCUGAACGUGGCUGCGAUGUUGGCGCCGGCGUCUCUCUUCGCCUUUCUCUCUGCUCUUUUUCAACUCUUGCGAGCUGCCGUCUUUCUCUUCUCCCUGCCGCUUGUGUUGCCUCUCCGUCUCCUGCCGCGCCUGAACGCCGCGCAGCGGCGAUUCGGCCUCUUGAGCGUCGGCACCUUCUUCGGUCUCGGAACCAUCUUCUACCUCUGCUACGGCUGGCCGUUCCUCUUCGAGGCGUAUCUUUACCACUUCUCGCGCGUCGACAUUCGCCACAACUUUUCGCUCUUCUUCUACCUGCUUUACCUCUCUGCACAAACGCCAUCGAAGGCUCUCGGCAUCAUCACGUUCAUCCCGCAGAUGGCGACGUGCCUGCUUGUCGGUUGCUACUACGCGCAGAAAGGCAAACUGGAACUCGCGUUCUUUCUUCAGACUCUCAUCUUUGUCGCGCUCAACAAAGUCUGCACCGCACAGUACUUCCUCUGGUGGCUGGCCCUUUUGCCCUUCGCCGUCGCCGGCACGGACUUGAGACCGCGGACGUGCUGGCAGAUCGUGGGGGCUCUCGCAGUGUUUGAGGCCUCUCACCUGUUGUGGAUGUUCUUCGGCUACGCGGUCGAGUUCCGAGGCAAAGCCAGCUUCUUCCCAAUGUUUUUGUCUUCCCUUUUCUUCGCCUUGUCCCAGUUCCUCAUCGUCUGGUUCUUCAUCCUAAAGUCCGGAAGACGCUGGACUCUGCGCUCAAAGACCGCGUAG